UGCCCAGCGGCGCUCGGUGGCGGUGCGUGCUCCCGCGCCUCCCUCCCUCAGUGCCGCCGUCCCGCCGAAGCCCGAGCGCCAUGUCUUCGCCUCCCGAAGGGAAACUGGAGACGAAAGCCGGACACCCGCCCGCUGUGAAAGCCGGCGGGAUGAGAAUUGUCCAGAAACAUCCUCACACGGGAGACGCCAAAGAAGAGAGAGACAAGGAUGACCAAGAAUGGGAGAGCUCCAGCCCUCCUAAGCCGACCGUGUUCAUCUCUGGUGUUAUUGCCCGGGGCGACAAGGACUUUCCGCCGGCGGCCGCCCAGGUGGCUCACCAGAAACCCCACGCCUCCAUGGACAAGCACGCCUCCCCGAGGACCCAGAACAUCCAGCAGCCACGCAAGUGACCCCGCGCCCCGACCCACGCCCAGACCCGCGCCCUGGCCCCCACCCACCCAGCGCAGCUCCCCGACAAACCCCAGCGGCCUGCUUAAUCCUGCGUGGCGGGGAAACCGAGCAGAACUCCCCACGUGCUCUCCAGUGUCCACAUCAAAAUGAGAAGAGCUCAAAGCGCCAACGCGGCCGGCGUUGUGCCUGGCCAGGUGGGAGGGGCACCGUGCCCACCAAGAGGACAUCCUCGCGGCGGCUGUAAGUCGGCGCUGGCAUGCAUGGGAGCCGCCUCCCUGCCUCUCCCUAAGCGCGAGAGGGCACAAGUUUGGAGACAUGAUUGGGGUUAGGCCGCACCCGUCCUGCUUGUUGGCAGGAGGAGGAGACUUCACCCCUGCGGCAGAGCAAGAGAGGAGGAGUUGGCAAGGUGGUGGCUUUUGCAUGAGGCAGAGUCGGGAAGCUGAAUUUCCCCCCCUGGGGGACGGGCCCCGGUGUGGGGCGACCCCGCAGACAGCCUGAGCCCACUUUCAUUCCAGGAGUCAUUCCGAAACCUCCGCACGUCUUCCAAAGGACAUCCAGCCCGCUCCAGUUCAGACAGGCUCCCUGGGACAGCGGGGGGGGGGGGGGGGGGGGGGGCGCUGUGUACCCCAGACUCACAAAAGAGCUGCUUUGGCGCUUAGCAGGUGUCCAGGGUAGAAGAGAGAGAGAGCUCAGGGACAUACUCGAGAGUUGAAUGUGUGACAAGGUGGCAAAGACCCCCCCCCCCCCCCGUCUGUCCCCAGGGCCCUGAGACCCGCAUUCCUCGGGAGGGAGGGCACGGCCAGAGCCCCGGCUCACUCUGCCCCAACCCUCAGCAGCACAUGGGCUUCUCCAGGUCCUGAGCCACCCCAGGCUGCCCCGCACAGCCCCUGCCCCUUGCCCCUUGGCCGUGGAAGCUUCCAGAGUGCUGCUGGUGGAGAGGGGUGCCCCACGGCCCCUGUGUUUCCUGGGCAGUGUGUGCUUCCCGGUGGGUUUACAGGAAGCACCCUGUGUGCCUUACCCCAGGCAAGCCAGCGUGACGUGACUGGGGUGGCUUUGGGGAGCCCAGGCCGGCCAGCGGCGCUGCGGGCGUGAAGGCCUCCUCCACCUGACCUCAGAACAGGUGCGCCGGGCGUCCCCAGGCCCAUCGUAACAUCCAGAAGCAUCCACAGGCCCUCCGAGCUCUGUGGCAGGGGCCCCUCCCCCACGUCCAGAGGCGCAUGCCCAUGUGCGUCGCCGCCUGGCUCACCGGUGCUCUCCCGAAUGAGUUUCUCCAUUACUGAUCUCAAGGGUGAUAACGAUGAUUAAAAACCCCUGCGUGUCUC